AAUUCGUGUUGACACGUCUGGAGCGACGCUCUUUCAGUGUGAUUUUUUUUUUUUGUUGUUUUGUUUAGCAGUGAUUUGAAAGUUUUCGUCGUUGACUUUGAUUCAAUUAGUUUAUAGAUAGGUACAACUGUCCAUCAUGAUGCUUUUCCAAGUUGUAUUGUCGAUUCUUGCCCUUUCACAAUUGAUUGCUGGUUCCGCUUUCACUUUUAUAUUAGGUGCACAAGAGAAAUCAUGUUACUACAUUUUCACUGAAAAGAGAGAUACUCAAAUAAGUUAUUAUUUUGCUGUUCAAAGUGGAGGUUCAUUUGAUGUUGAUUAUGCUAUUAAGAAUCCUAAGGGUGAUAUCGUUGUAUCUGAAGAUAAACAAAGACAAGGUGAUUUUGUUUUCAAUGCUCAAGAAGUUGGAGAAUAUGAAUUCUGUUUCUCUAAUGGUAUGUCUACUUUUGCUGAAAAAGUAGUUGAUUUUGAAAUUAAAUUUGAAAAUGAUGAUGAUUCUAAAGGGUUCAAAGCUACUAUGCCUGAGCAACCAAAUACUAAACCAAUUGCUCAUGUUGAAAAUAUGCAAAAUACCGUGGAAAAGAUUGAUCGUCAAUUAGAUGAUCUUUUAAGAACCUUACAAUAUUAUAAAACUAGAAAUAAUAGAAAUCAAGCAACUGUUAAAUCUACUGAAACCAGAAUCUAUUACUUCUCCAUCUUUGAAGUCUUAUUAAUGGUUGGAAUGGCUUUCUUACAAAUCACCAUUGUUCAAUUAUUCUUUAGAGGUUCUAGAAAGCAAUUAGUCUAAUUAACUCAUUUUAAAAAGACAAAACGGGGAAAAAGAAAGAUACUUUGGUUAAAAAAUCAGAAUAUCAUGCUUGCUAUAUUAUAUUUCAAGUUUAUAAUGUCUUCAAAGCUUGACUUUGGAUUCAUUUGCAUGUACAUUUAGAUUAUUCCGUUGUCUUUAUA